AUGUUGAUCACACCGCCAGGUGUAGGCGAGCCGCUCAAUCAAGAGCCAGUCAAGAUCCUGACGCCAGAAGAGGCGAUCAGGACCAUCACAGAGGAACCCAUCUCAACCACGAGAACACUGCUGCGUCUAAUCAAGCUGGGCGUCAUCAUGCUGCCGACGCUGGUCACUCUCCCACUGGCCUUCAUUCCUGGCGUUAACAACCUGUGGUGGAGUCUGCUGCUCGAGACCAUGCAGUUCAGUGGCACGUGCUGGAUAAAGUUUGGCCAGUGGAUCAGCACGCGGCCAGACCUCUUCCCCAAGCCGCUGUGCGAGCGCUUUGCGCGUCUGCACAAUGCCUGCCCCUCGCACGACUUUGAGUACACACGUCAAUGCAUUGAGGCCAACUUCCACAAGCCCAUCGAUGAGCUGUUCCUCUUCUUUGAUGAGACACCCAUGGCUUCGGGCGCCGUUGGCCAGGUGCACAAGGCAGUGACGCCCGAUGGCGUGGUGGUAGUCGUCAAGGUGCUUCAUCCCCAGGUAGAGUACUUUAUCAAGACGGACUUUACAAUCAUCUACACGACCAUGUGGCUGUUCAGCAAGAUACCGGGCAUGAAGUGGCUCAGUCUGCCCGAGUCGGUGCUCGAGUUUGGCAAGUCGAUGAUGAAACAGGCAGACCUGGAACGCGAGGCUGAGCAUCUCAACACGUUUGUGCACAACUUUAAACACAACAAGGAGGUCAUCUUCCCCAGACCAUGCUAUCCACUCGUGUCCAAGACGGUGUUGGUCGAGACAUACGAGCCGGGCGAACCAAUUAUGCAGUACAUCAAGACAAACAGUCCAUACAACCCAACGCUGGCGCGCAUUGGACUCGACGCGUACAUGCAGAUGAUGUUGGUCGACAACUUUAUCCACGCAGAUCUGCACCCUGGCAAUGUGUUGGUGCGCGAUGCCAAAGGUCAAUCGGUUGGCGAGAAUGUUGCCCAGCAGCUCCAGCACCUGCUACACCAGCACAGAUCACAAUUCUCCACCAGCGAGGAUGUUGGUGGAUAUGCCAAUCCCAACCUGAUCACACUCAAGCGUAUCGAUCUGCUUCAUGGCAAGAAGGAGUUGCCCAAGUUGAUACUGCUGGAUGUUGGACUGGUCACAGAGUUGGACCAAACGGACAAGUCACACUUCAAGGAGUUGUUCACCGAAGUAGUCAAGGGCAAUGGCAAGGCUGGCGCCGAGCUCAUCAUCAAGUACGCCAGGGAGGCAAGAUGUUCUGAACAAGAGAUAUUCGAGUUCAAGGAGAAGAUGGGAGAGGUGUUCAACAAGGUGCAACAUAGUAAGCUGAGCGAGAUAAAUGUCGGUCAGCUGAUGAGCCAGGUUCUGGGAUUGGUGCGCGAGUAUCAUGUAAAGUUGGAGAGUAACUUUGCAACGUUGGUAAUGGGCACGAUCAUAUUGGAAGGCCUGGGCAAGCAAUUGGAUCCCAAUCUUAGUCUGUUAAAGGCUGCCAUCCCAUUCCUCUUCCACAGACAGACGUCAUAUAUUCUACCCGAGUUCUAUAGAUAUCUCGUGAGGCCCAGGAAGCCUUUGGACGAUGAAGAACUGAGACAACAACAUCAGCAGCAGCAACAGGAACAUCAACUGGAACAGGAACAACAAUCACAACAAUCACAACAACAACAACAAUCACAACAACAUCAACAACAUCCUCUAAAGUUGCAGCAAAGAAAGGAGAAGCAGCAACAACCUCAGGAGCUGUAG